UUUCUCGGAAACGGUAUGAAGUCUUGGGUCCGAGUUUCGGCGUGAGAGUACGGCAGGCUGAAGGACCAGAUUUAAUAAUCACAGCGCGUUUGCUGACAGGGUGCAGCAAGGCUCCGACGCUAUAUUUGGUUUUCCCAGGAUACCUUUCUAGGGUCUCAAGGGGAACAUAACCAAUGAACUUCAGAAAGAAGAAGGUUGUAGCAGCAGACAACAAAGAAGUCUUCCUUGAGCACAAGAGAAAGAAAGCUUGGGAAGAUGCAUCAGGUCACAAAUGCUUCACGUUGUAUCCAAGGUCACUCUACAUCACUUGGGGUGGCCGUGAAAAUUGGAUUUGGAACAGUUUCAAAGAUACAAGUGAUGAAAACAUCGAAGUAGCCAAACUAAGCCAUGUAUGUUGGCUGGAUGUGAGAGGAAAAUUCAAACUAUCGGACCUUUCCCCUGGAACUUCAUACGAGGUUGUGUACCAAGUCAAGUUGACAAAAGGGGCAUCUGGUUGGGAACUCCCUAUCAAGCUGAGAUUAUCCCUUCCUAAUGAUAGAGUCCAAGAAAGGCAAGUCAGCCUUCUGCAGAAGCCUAGAGGGCAAUGGAUAGAGCUCAACGUCGGCAACUUCAGUACAGAUGAGAAUGGAGAAACAAGUGAAACAGGAGAAGUUUGCUUUGAUCUUUAUGAACAUGGGGGCCACUGGAAAAAUGGUCUUGUUAUCAAGUGUGCCAUUUUAAGGCCUAAAAACUGAACUAUAUGCUUGAAAGGAAAGAAAAUACCUCUUGUGUUCAGUAUGGAAUAGCAAACUAGUUAACUACUUCUUCACAUUUUUGCAUUCAUGCUUGUUGUACUUGUCAUGUUUUUGUUUAGUAGGAUGAUUUCGUUCAACUGAAUUA